AUGGGCCGCGAAGAUCAGAUCGAAGAGCGCGAGGUGCUCGAUUCAAUUUUCCCAGAUGAAAUCACAGAUAUAUCCGACACCUCAUACCGGAUAUCAGUCACCUUGGACACACCCGAAAAUGACAUCGAGGAGACUCAACAGCCUAUUUUGAUGCUACAGGUGUCAUAUCCAACUGACUACCCAGAUGUGGCUCCGGACCUAGAAAUAUCUGCCCCUCCCAAUGCACCCAAACAUCCGCGACUAGAUAUCCAGGAGGACCGCGACCGACUCCUCGAAGCCCUGCAGCCGACUAUCGAAGAGAAUAUAGGGAUGGCGAUGGUGUUCACACUUGUGAGUGCUCUGAAGGAGAGUGCCGAGCAACUCAUGUCGGAGCGGGUAAAUGCCGUGCACGCACAAAAAGAGAUGGAGGCCGCAAAGGCAGAGGAGGAAGAGAACAAAAAGUUCCAUGGUACGGCCGUAACCAGGGAAUCCUUUUUAGAAUGGCAAGCGAAAUUCAUACAGGAAAUGGCGGAGGAGGAGAGGAGACAACUGGAGGAGAAGGAGGUGGAGGAUAAGAAAUCCAACAAAAAGACAACGGCUAAGGAAGAGAAAAAGUGGUCAGGCAAAGAGCUGUGGGAACGGGGCUUGGCUGGAAAAGCAGACUUUGAUGAGGAUGAAGAAGAUUCUAUGCCGGCCGUGGGGAAGAUGAAAAUAGCUGCGUAG